GACAUCAUUCGAGUGCUUGCGUUCAACAAGUCCAGCAAACGGAGCAGCAACUGAGCCAGUGACAAAAACUAUCAAGUUCAUAAUUCAAGUUCUCUUUUUGUGGAAACACCCAAAUCUCAAAGCCCUCAUCAGCAUGUCCUUCGCUCAGUUCCUUGUCGCCUGCUGCCUGGCCCUCGUCCUCUUGGCCGUGUCCAGUACCGGGGCCGCCGUCCAGGGACCUCCUCUGUGCCAGACCGGCAUCGUCGAGGAGAUGCCUCCGCACAUCCGAAAGGUGUGCCAGGCCCUGGAGAACUCUGAUCAACUGUCGUCGGCCCUCAAGUCCUACAUCAACAAUGAGGCAUCUGCUUUGGUGGCCAACUCCGAUGACCUUUUGAAGAACUACAACAAACGUACGGAUGUUGAUCACGUUUUCCUGCGGUUCGGCAAGCGUCGUUAAGGACUCCAGCUUAGAGGACACCACCAACCCCAUUUGAUCCCGACUUGAGACCACGACACUGGACCUUGACCACAAGCGGCGGAAUCGUUUCUAUUAGCACAAAGCACAGCACUAUUUUGACGUUUUCAGCAUAAUUAUGUAAACGUAAUCAAUGGAAACUCAGAACUUUACUCAAUUGGAAGCUCUCUAGUUCAUUAAAUAGCAAAUCGAUGUGUCCAAUGUUUCUAUAAAAAAAAUCGAAUACAUAUUUGUACAUACUCAAAGACCCCCGAAACGUUCUGAAAGUUGUUCCCUUGGUUUUAAUUCAAUUUUAGGUUUUUCUUUUCCCAUUGAGGAUUUUAUUAAUGUUAUUAAAACUUAUAAUACGUAUUUGCUACAGUUAAAAUAUCUCACACAUAUUUCCCUAGCAUGAAGCACUAUUAUUAAAUAACCAACAAAUGUUUUUGAAUUCGACCUAUAAUUUCUGAUAUUUAUGUUAAUAAAGACAAACUUUUCCUCUCAA